AUGUCGACAAGAUUUGCACAAAUUGUCAUGGGCCCUGCGGGCUCCGGCAAGUCCACAUACAUAAGAAGAAUGGCCGAGCACUACGAAACAAUCAAGCGUGUUGUUCAUUGUGUAAAUCUUGAUCCAGCAGCCGAUGAAUUAUUUUAUGACCCAGUAAUUGAUAUUCGUGAAGCUAUUAAUGUCAAAGAAGUCAUGAACAAGCACGGUUUUGGACCCAAUGGCGCUCUUAUUUACUGUAUGGAGCAAGUUGUUAGUGAUUAUGAAUGGUUUGAUACAGAAAUUGGAGAGCACGAAUACGAUUAUCUCCUCAUAGACUUCCCUGGACAAAUCGAACUCUUCUCCCACUUAAAUAUCCUUCCUAGACUUAUUGCUAUGCUUCAAGAAAAAGGCUACCAUCUUUGUGCUGUCUUUCUUCUUGAUUCACAGUUCAUGAUUGAUCCAUCGAAAUUCCUCAGUGGUGGUCUUGUUGCCCUUUCUGCAAUGACCAUGUUAGAAAUUCCACAUUUUAACAUUCUUUCAAAAUGCGAUCUUCUUUCUCCCCAGCAAAAGGAUACUCUCGAUUUAUUUACAGAAAUGGAUACAAUGUCCCUUGGUUCUUCUGUUAAAAAAGGAACAUCAAUUGAUAAAUUGACAACAAAGAUUUGCGAAUUGAUCGACAACUUCAAUUUACUUCAAUUUUAUCCUUUGAACAUCAAAGAUGAGGAUAAUGUCGUUGGAAUUUCAACAGAAAUUGAUAUCAUUUUGCAAUACUUCGAUAACGCUGAUAAUGAUGAUCCUGAAUUUGGUAACCAAGAUAUGGAAGAUGAAGGACCAGAUCCAUUAGAAAAUAAAGACUAA